AAAAAAACUCUGAAGUUUCCACCGUACUACAUUGGGCUCGUGAUGCGAGCCAUGUUUGGAACGGUGGCUGCCACCAACAGUAGAGGCAGCCGAUACAACGUGGAUGUCGACACCAGAGGAAGUCGUCCCCAUUUGGACCUUGAUCCGGGCGCAGUCAUUCGCCGCAGCACCACCAUCAACACUGCUCGAGCCGAGGUCACCACGAACCCCUUGCAGUCAGAACGAGUCCAGUCACCGGCAACAUCGUCAGGCCAGCUAGACUGCGUCGUGAUCGAGAUGGGCACGGCGGAGUUGACCAUCGACGACGUCCGCUUGGCGUACGCGUCGAGGGGGGACUUCGUCAUGAUCUUCCUCUCGCCACUGUUCAACAUGUUCUUCUUCCUCGUGUUUGCCGCCUGUGCGCUCGACCACACGCCUAUCCAGGCCAUGUUUCCGUCCGAAAAUGGGCUCGCCAACAUCGUGGCCAAGUCCGGCACAGUAUGUUGAUCGAUCACCCUGGUCACAUGUCUAUCCACCCUCCAUCUGUAGGAUGCCGUCACGACUGUCACGACCACCAAGUUCAGCAACAUGGCGACCCAUCACGAUGUGUUUCCGUGGCUCACUAACACGUUCGUCCCGUAUACGUUUGUCAAAACCGACUACAACGGCCGGAACCUCUCGACCCCCGACCUCCGGAGGGUCAACUACGUGCACCGGAUUCUCGGUGCCGUUGAAUUCAAGACGUAUUCGGCGCCCCCCCGCCCCUGUGAUGUCGUCGACGGACCCCUUGGCGCCAUGUACGCCCAAUGCCACGACUUUGACUCCCCCGUCCUAAACUCGACCUUCUACAUCGACGCGGGCGCCGAUCCGGAAACCGCCACCGCCGUCAUCUCAGCCAAACAAGCAUCUGGCGCGUGGCUCGAUGCCUCCACGGCCAAUUUGCACAUCAACUUGGCCACGUUCAAUGGCGAACUCAACCUGCUGUGUCUCAUUUCCCUCCGCGUGACGUUCCAACCUGGCGGGUUCCUCCAGCCGAUCUAUCAAACCAAGUGCAUGCCAUCGGAUCCGUACGGGACGUCGUACCUUGCGGCACCGCUGGACGCGUGCGUGCUCGUUCUCUGGAUCACGACCAUAUGGAUGGAACUGCGCGAGUGGUGUCGUGGCCAUCGCCAACGCACUGGCCAACCCCCCAAACCCCGCUUUUGCACGUUGUGGCGCGCCGUGACGUGGCUGUCUGUCGUGUCCGUCGCAGUCUACUUCGCCAUAUGGACGGCACUGUGUAUGUCGGUGUACAGUCCGACGUUCGCGGCCGACCUCACCGCCCUGGAAACGGGCGCGUCGUCCUCGCAGCCUCAACUGCUGCUCGUGGACAUUAUGACGCGUCUGAAAGCCAUGGGGUACCUCACGCUCAGCGUGCGGAUCGCAGGCAUGGUGUCGUUGGGCCUGCUCAUGUUUCGAACGCUCAGUUCGUUGCGCUUUCACCCGCAUUUGAACAUGGUCACCGCCACAUUGACCGCGUCGUUGCACUCACUCGUGCCGUUCUGCUGCAUCUUCGUCAUCUGUUUGACGGCGUUCGUCACGUCCGGGUGCCUCCUCUUUGGCGAGCGACUGCUCCAGUUCAGCACCAUCAGUCGGUCCGUCAUCACGGUGGUCAACAUGCUCUUUGGCCAGUUUGACCUCGCCGCCAUCUUCGCCGUCGACUACAACAUUGCGUUCACAUGGUACUGGUGUGCCAUGGUCAUCCUCUUUCUCGUGCUCUUCAACAUGCUGCUCGCGAUCGUCUUGGCGGCGUUCGACCACGUCCGCACCGUCACGGCGACCAAGAUCGCGCCAUACAUGGCAGCCAUCACGGAACUCCGGCGCCUCGCUGGACCCAUGCUGUGGCCUUGGAACCACCCCCACAUGAUGCAGCUUGGGUCGUUCGCCGAAUCGGCCAACACUGGCUUAUCCACAGCCGUGACAUCGGCGUUGAUUGCUAAGCAACUUUGUGUAACAGACGUCGACGCCGACAUUGUCCUGCGCAAGACCCGCGCCUUCCUCGCCGUACGUUGGACACGCGACACUGUUGUAGAGUUUCGUCUGUUUUUGCAUUUGUAGAUUAUGCACAUCUUGCGCGACAGCAAUUUGAACGAUGACGACGUCAACGGUGAAGAUUUUGUGGGAGAAGGUGAAGUUGCUCCUACUUCCGUGGACGUGAGUGAGCUCAACGAGCGCCUCGACAUGAUGGAAGCUCGGUUGGAGGCCAAACUCGCCGCGAUGUCUGUGAAUAUGGCCGCGCUCAUCGCCCGAAUCGACGCAAAACUGUGAACUGUGUCCUUGAUAUAUAGAUCGAAUCGUAAUAAGCUCGUGUCCUUUGUUCCAAUA